AUGAAUAAUCACUGUCAACCACAACAGAAACAAGAUCAAAUACUUGCUACAUAUUUCUCACUAAGAAGUANNNNUGAUAGGGUCGUAAAGGGCCCACAGUAA